CUGUCAAACUGCGGGGUCCUUAAGGGUCCUUCCUGCCCUGAGCCGCUCCGCCAGUCUCCCGACGUAGACCGAUCACCGGAGAAAAAAAUCAGUAAAAUAACCCGAAAUCGUCCUCGAACCGACCGGGUACCGGGAGUCAUGAUGGGCGGGAAGACCAGCGCGCUAGCCGCGGGGGUGUGCGGCGCCCUGCUCGUCGGUUACUGCAUCUAUUUCGACAAGAAACGACGCAGUGACCCCAACUUCAAGAACAGGCUGCGAGAACGGAGGAGAAAGCAGAAGGUGGCCAAAGAGAGGGCAGGCAUGGCAAAGCUCCCGGACCUGAAGGACGCCGAGGCGGUCCAGAAGUUCUUCCUGGAGGAGAUCCAGCUCGGGGAGGAGCUGCUGGCUCAGGGAGACUACGAGAAAGGCGUGGACCACCUGACCAACGCCAUCGCGGUGUGCGGUCAGCCUCAGCAGCUGCUGCAGGUGCUGCAGCAGACUCUGCCUCCGCCCGUCUUCCAGAUGCUGCUCACCAAACUGCCCAGCAUCAGCCAGCGUAUCGUGAGUGCACAGAGUCUGAGCGAGGACGAUAUAGAAUGAGAGGAUCGAGAGGAAUCGACUCCUCUUUCUUCCUCCUUCCCUCGUGUCUCCAUGACGACCUGCAAAAAAAA